UUAAAGAUUUUGAUAAAAUCUAUAAAAAUUAUAGUAUAUUUAAUUAUGAUUUUUUUAAAUCUUUAAAAGUAAAAAUGUAUUCAAUUUGUACUUAAUGUUUAUAGAUUUGGACUUUUGAUUACUUUUCUUGACUUUUUUGUGAGAGAUAUAAAUAGAAGCUUUUCCAAUUUUUCCACCAACUACCCCAAAGAAAUUUACCGACUUCUAAAAAAUACAGAAGACACUGAAAAGACGCUGUUGCACGUUGAAGGGAAGCUGCUUGGUAUUCUUCUGUCUCAAUCAUCUCAAAAAACUUUCCAGUAUGUUGUAUAUUUUUUGAUCCGUGGUUUGGAUUUUGUGAUAGAGAAGUGUGCGGUUACUCUUGAUUACCAUUAUUUUAUAUGACUUUUGACUAUUGUACUGAAAUUACUUUUUGAUAAAUAGAAAUCUCUCACCAAUAAAAUAUAUAUAUAUAUAUAUAUAUAUAAAAGGUGAUUUUUUUGUGAUGAUGGUGAUUUUUUUUACAGUAGAAACUGUUUUUCUUUUUUUUUUUCUGUUCAUUUUUGUCUUAUUAGAAGUAUAAUAUAAUGAUUGUACUAGUGUAGGAGACGUAACAAGCAAAUCUUGACUUUUUUUUCUUUUUUGUUUUUUUAGUAAAUAAACCUUGAUUUCUUUUUGGGUAUAUAAUUGGUGGCUAUGCAUCGUUUUUUUGUAGCAUAAUUUUGUGUGCACUUUCUCUCAUUUUUCCUAUUUUUUAAGAGGUUAUUGAUGACGCAUUUUCUUAAAAAGAAGAAAAACAGAAAAAUUGAUUUUAAUCAUUAUAGACAUGUUGUUCAUGUAUACAAAUACACACACGAACACAUAGAUAUAAGGAAUAUAGUAGUUUUUAUUUUUUAUUUUUAUUUUUUAAUGCUUGAUGGGCAAUGUAGUAGUUUAUGUACAAAUAUUGUUGGUGGUUAACGAAAAGGAAAUGGACUAAUUUUUAUGCCAUUUUAAUUUCUGUAUCCAUUUUAAUUGGUAUAUUUGUGCUACGAAUUAGACACCUUAAUAUCAAGGCUAUUAUUUCUGGGUUAACUGGUCACAUCCAGGAGGGCAUGCAUUAGUAUUUGGUAGAUCACUAUUCUGCAUUCAUGUGAUUUCCUGCUUUUUUUUUUUUUUGGGGAAGUUUUUUUGUAUAUUGUUUUUAAAGUUUCACGGAUUUAUUAGUAUUCUGCACACUAUUCUUUUAUUUUUUAAAUUAUGUAUUGCAUUUUAUGUAAAAUAUAGUAAUUUUUAAUGGAGGAUUCACAAUAAGGAGAUCAUAAAGGAAAAAAAAAAGGUGUAGAAAAAUAUAAAGUAUGGUCAAUGGACAAGAGCAAUGAGUUACUAAAACUCAUGGUUAAUGCUGCCAAUCGUGGAUGGCGUGAUAAAAGUGGUUUAUUAAGCAAGCAAACUGUAAAAAAAAGAAUACUUCUCAUUCUUAAUGCAAAAUUUGGGAGUGAAUGGACUUAUAAGGAGUACACAAGUCGGUUGAAAUGGUUUAAACAACAGUAUGCCAACUAUUUUCAACUUAUGUGGCAUAGCUCUGGAUUUGGAUGGGAUCCUAUAACAAAAAAAUUUACUGCUAGUGAAGAAGUGUGGGAGGACUAUUUUAAGUCUCAUCCUAUCCAUAAAAGUUAUCGUACAUACACUUUUGUUGAUUAUGAAGACUUGAGAAUUACAAUUGGAAAUGGAGCAGCAACUGGGAGACAUUUAAUUGGAUUAGGAGAGGAAACUGAUGCAAGAAUAUUUGACUUAGAAGAAAAUAGAGAUGUGAUUUAGACAACUUGACAUAUGAUCUCACGACUGAAACAUUCAUACCAAGUGAUAUAUAAGAAACUUCACUACAAUCGUCAACUUUAGGUGAUUUUACUUCAUCAUUACCUUUUCAGAACACGAGUUCAGAAGUUCCUCUAACAACGAGAAAAAGAAAUAGAAUGGACUUUGAUGGAAAAUCUAGUUCUUUUGAAACUAACAGGUCACAAGCAGCAGUCUUGGAGAAGAUUAAUCAAAGUAUUAAAAAGUUGAAUUGAAGUAUUGAUUCAAUUGAUACUAGAGAUUAUAGUUGUUGGGAUAUUAUCAAGGAGAUUCCAAACUUGGAUAAGCAAGUAUAAGGCAUCAAAAUUGUUAAACACUAGAGCAAACAAGAUCGAGUUCUUCAAAAUGACACUCCAAGAGCAUUUUGAUUGGACUAACUUUGAAUUGCAAAAUUGAGUGAUUUUAAAAUGUAUUGUUUUAAGGAUGUUAUUUUUAUUUUGAGUGUCUAACUUAUUAUGUUAUUUUUUUAUUAGUAUAAAAUAGUAAUAGAAUAUGUUUGACUUUUAUUUUUAUUUUUUUUAAUAUAUAUUAUUAUUAUGAAUAUGCAUUUAAAUUCUUUUUUAGAUCUUUGAUCAUUGGAUGAUUAUUUUUUUCAUUAUUUUUUGAGUUAUUAUUAAG